AGCUCGGAAAGUCAGUCAUGUGAGUUGGGAUGGAUCUUCAGACUAAUGAAGGAAUGUAUUGUGGCCUUGUUAGAUGAUCUGGGGAAAAAAAAAAUAUAAGUAUUUGCGUAUAAGUGGAAGAGAAAUGCAGUGAAGUGACUUGAAGAGACUGGAAGUAAAAAGAAAGAGGUAUUUGAUGUGUUCCAAUGCGAUGACCCUCUAGAAGGACGGCCAUGGAUUCCAGGGAGUUCGAUCUGCAGGAUGAGUACAAGUCACCAUUUAACUUUGACUGUGGGGUCAAUCGGAAUUAUCUCUUCCUGUCACCUCGCCUGAGCAACACUCCCCCGGAUUCUCCCACUCGGCUCAGCACUGAUUUGCUGAAACCUGAAAGUGUGCCAGAGGGGGAAGAUGCAGCUGCGUCACUAAAGGACACAUUAUCAGAUGAAGAGCAGGAAAGCCUCAGGAAAGAGCUGGAAAAGGUAGAAGAGGAAAUACAAACACUCAGCCAAGUGCUAGCCGCAAAGGAGAGGUAUUUAGCCGAUCUGAAAAGAAAGCUUGGAGUAACUCCGCUGAGUGAACUGAAGCAGAACAUUUCCAAAGGCCUACAAGAUGUUGCCUCCACCAAUGUGUACAGGAAAACCUCGGAGACCCUGUCCCAUGCUGGACAGAAAGCCUCAGCAGCCUUCUCCACUGUUGGUUCUGUCAUUACGAGAAAAUUGGAAGAUGUAAAGCUGCAGGGAUUUGCGCAUGCAGCAUUUUUUGCUAUACGCUCUAUACAACAUUCCAUUAGUAUGCCUGCUAUGAGGAAUUCACCUACAUUCAAGUCCUUUGAAGAGAAGGUGGAAAACCUAAAGUCAAAAGUUGGUGGCCCCAAACAAUCAGCUGGAGAUUUUGAAGAAGUGUUGAACUCUGCAGCCAAUGCCAGUGCCACAGAAGACCUGACAGAAAAGGACGAGGAGAGUCAUUGAGACCAACGAUACACGCAGCCAAAAAUUAAAAAGCACAUCCAGAGCGCCCUCUUGUGUCCUCACCAGACAUUUCUACGUUUCUUGUUUUCACUGCUUUGUGUCUCCCACCUAAUUUUAGAUAGCGACCCCUUUAGCAGGAAAGAGGGUAGAUGGUGUACGUUCUGCGUUAGAAACCUUGUAAACACAUCAAGCCAAAAAAUAAUUGGUGGGCAGGGAAGAUAAAGGGAUUUGUUACGCUUAAUACUCCUCCGUAACUGCCAAUAUGUUUUGUUACACUGGAUUCUUUAUUCACUGUGUAGACACUAAAGUUGAUACAAAAUGUGUGCAGUAACCAAUGGACAUAGUCUGUGUACUUUAGAGCUUUAACUCUGUUAUUCUGCAAUUUCCAUGUCCAGAAAACUUCCACACAUCAUUAUUGCCUGAAUUCUGAAAUAAAAGUUUCUACAACAGUUGUUUGAAA